AUGAUGAUGAUGAUGACGACGAUGAUGAUGAUGAUGAUUCAUAAGGAUUUUGAUGAUGAAUAUGAAGAUGAUGAUGAUGAUGAUGAUGCUGCUGAUGUUGAUUAUGAUGAUUGUGAUGAUGAUUCGGAUAACGAUGAUGAUGAUGAUGAUGAUGAUGAUGGUGAUGAUGACGAAGGUGUUGUGGUUGAUGAUGAUGAUGAUGAUGAUGAUGAUGAUAAUGAAAAUGAUGAUGAUGUUUAUUCGGAUGAUGAGGACGAUGAUGAUGAUGAUGACGAUGACGCAGUUAAUGCUCAGGAGGAAGAUGAUGAAGAUGAUGAUGAUGAUUACAAUGAUGAUGAUGAUGAUUAA